AUGUACCCUGAUGCGCCUUUAAUCGAACGUCAGAGAGAAAUCAAUGCCUGGGACAAUCCGGAUUUCAGAAAGGCUCUUCAAGCCACUGGCAAGAGACAAGUUAUUAUGGCGGGAAUUAUGACCGAUGGCUGGGAAAAUGUUGAAGCAUCUGGGACCAUGUCACCAUUGAUUCGAGAUGUCUCCAACCUUCGCAUGCAGGCUGCAGGUGUUCAGCUUGUAGGCAUAUUUAGUAUUGUGGCCGAUCUUUGGAGAGAUUGGCGAAACGCUCCUGGAAGUCAGACGGUUCUACAGUGGAUGAACAAAUAUGCUCCCGCGUACGUGACAAGUGUAUCUGCACGUGCUGCUGCUAUUUUGAAUUGCACUCUCACCCCUGGUGAGGAGAAUUUCGUCUAG